AUGAAACUUAUUAGUAGACCACAUCAAGAUAGUUUAUAUCUUCAUGCUAAUAAUGUUGAUCAUGCACAAUUUCAAGAAUUCAUUGUGUUUUUAUCUUGGUUAUUUCAAACACUUUCAAUAUAUGGAUCGAUAGAAAAAAUUGAAGAUAUUAAUAUACAAAUAAAUCAUAUUGAACAAUUACAGAAAUUAUCAAUAAAUGUAGACAAGUUAUAAUCUGCUUAUUUAAAUUGGUAUAAAGAAAUAGAAAAAAUACGUUUAUCUCGUUAUAUCAAUAAUGAUAAAUCUGAUCGUUCAGCAAACGAAAUAAUUGAACAAAUGAUUGAACAACAAAAGAAUAGUACUAAUGUUAUUUGA